AUGUGUGUCCAUAGUCUCAUUGCACUGUGUGAUGAGGCCAAAGGCCACAUCAUUACUCGCUGGGUCUUCACGAACGCGUACAUCUGGUGUGAUGACUACGUUCGCUCACCCAAUUUUACCGUCAGCAUGUAUGCCAACCCGCCCAACUGCCCCAAUGGUAUCCUAGGAAAGGAUUACGAGCACUACCGCUCCCGCACCCUCUGCGCCGACUGCAUGGAGUGCGGUUGCUCCUUGCCUACAGAAAAGUCAUCCGCGUACGGUUUUGCCACUACAAAGGCCUUGACAACAGCGAGACAGGCUGAUUCGCUUGCUAGGCGCACCGCCAGCAGUGGCGUUGCAUCGACGGCGAAGAAGAAUGCCCCCGCCCCCCUGAGGGUCAUCGACCUCCGCGAGGACGAUGCCGCCGAUAUCGCGCGGCUCAAGCGCAAGGCGGCCAAAAAGAAGAAGAGAGAACAACAGAUCAGAAACAGCCUCCAAAACCAAAAUAUCUUACCGAGUGCCUCCGCAAAUAAUUCCCGCUUCCGUAUUGCCAAACGACCGACGCAAUGCGAACCCCCCAUCAACCGCGGUGGUCGCGCGCCCCUUUGUCCCGAGGAUGAGGCGCUACUAGACUCUGUCCCACUCCUAGUCUUUGAUAAAAGCCAACAGGACGAGGAGGGUGACGAUGCUGACGACGAGGAGGGUGACGAUGCUGACGACGAGGAGGGUGACGAUGCCGGCGAUGAAGACGAAGAGGGCGGCAACGUUGUCGUCAACACGUACUCCCUCCCCGUCCUCAGCCUCCCUAUCCGCCCGCGGAAUGGGGACCACUAGCGACACCGACCUUGAGAUGGACUUGUU